CUUGGUCAACACCCACCCAGUGCAUUCACUGCGGUGCGCAGGCAGUCCAAUCACAGAGAACCGGUGCUAAGCUGACCGGAGGAGGGCUGUGAUUUUUCAGCACGGUGCGCUCUGUUGCAUUUUAAAUCCCCAGUCGGCACAAAAGGGGAUAACAAGAGGCUGAAGAGGAGGAGGCGGUGGAGGAGUAGAAGGCACAGACAGCAGCCUGUUUCACUCAGUUGUAGCAAGGAGGAGAGGAGGAUGCGUGCAUAAAGAGGAGGAGCACCCUUUCUAACACCUGCUGAAGGCUGCUGUGGGCCUUUCCCGUCUUGUCCUUUUUGUUUCUUCCUCUGAUUCUCUUUUCAUCUUUCAUCCUCUUGUUUUUCUGGCCUUCUCUGGUUGUUGGAACGCAAAGCUCCUGCAUCUUUUGUACCUCCCCCCUCCCUUUUCCCCUUCGGUGGUGUUGGUUUUGCCUCGCACAAGCUGAGUCAUCAUGUCUGAUCUGACGCCUCAGAGCGAAACCCCGACUCCCACCACAGACAAGAUCACCCAGGCUGCCAGGGAGACCAUUUAUCUGUGCAACUUUCGCGUCUCUGUCGAUGGCGAGUGGCUUUGCCUCCGCGAGCUCAACGACAUCUCGCUCACGCCAGACCCCGAGCCGGUCCAUGAAGAUCCCAAGGAUCCCAUCGCGAUUGAGAGGCUUAACUUGAUGAACAUGGCCAAACUGAGCAUCAAGGGCCUGAUCGAGUCUGCGCUCAACCUGGGACGCACGCUUGACUCCGACUAUGCACCUCUGCAGCAGUUCUUUGUCGUGAUGGAGCACUGUCUGAAACACGGGCUGAAAACUAAGAAAACCUUCCUGGGGCAGAACAAGUCCUUCUGGGGACCAUUGGAGUUGGUUGAGAAGCUGACGCCUGAGGCAGGAGAGAUCACUGCCAGCGUAAAAGACCUGCCUGGGCUCAAAACUCCUCUAGGAAGAGGACGCGCCUGGUUACGACUGGCCUUAAUGCAGAAGAAGCUCUCAGAUUAUAUGAAGACCAUCAUCAACAGAAAGGACCUGCUCAGUGAAUUUUACGAGCCAAACGCGUUGAUGAUGGAGGAGGAAGGCGCCGUCAUCGCCGGGCUUCUGGUUGGAUUAAAUGUCAUCGAUGCCAAUCUGUGUAUGAAGGGAGAGGACUUGGACUCGCAGGUUGGGGUGAUCGAUUUCUCCAUGUACCUAAAAGACGGUGGACACAGCAGCAAGAGCGUGGAGGGGGACGGUCAGAUCACAGCGAUUCUCGAUCAGAAGAACUACGUGGAGGAGCUGAACAGACAUUUAAGCGCGUCGGUAAAUAACCUGCAGGCCAAAGUGGACGCUCUGGAAAAGUCCAACACGAAGCUGACAGAAGAGCUCGCAGUGGCGAAUAACAGGAUCAUCACUUUACAAGAAGACGUGGAGAGAGUAAAGGAGGAGAGCUCAUAUCAGCUGGAGUCCAGAAAGGCAUUAAGAAGUGAUUCAGCAGCAGACGGACAAGCGCUGGGGGAAACACGCAAGCAGCUCAAAGAGGAAACUUUGCUUCGACUGGAUGUGGAGAAGGAGCUGGAGGUGCAGAUCGGGAUGAAGCAGGAGAUGGAGCUGUCCAUGAAGAUGCUGGAGAAAGACGUCUGUGAGAAGCAGGACGCUCUGGUGGAGCUCAGGCAGCAGCUGGAAGACCUUCGUGCCAUCAACCAACAGCUAAUGCACAAGUCACAGAGUGCCGAUGCCAGCUCGAAACAGAAGAGUGAGAUCAUCGUUCGCAUGGAGGAGAAAAUAAACCAGAUGUCAGGGACCAUAAAACAGCUGGAGACCAGAUGCAAGCAGGCGGAGAAGGAGAGGGACCUGGCUGUAGAGGCAAACCGGCUCUUCAAGCAGGACUUUGGAGACAAAAUCGAGAGUCUGCAGGUGGAGGUGGAGCAGCUGAGGAAGCAAAGGUCUAAUCUGGAGCGAGAGCUGAGAAAAGGUCACGAUCGAAAGAGCGAGCAUCACCUCAGUGCCUCCUCGGUACCUCAGUCCAGCACUCCGCGGACCGACAGGAGACAACCAGAGGAUGUACCAACACAACUCCCGGAAUCCCCGUCAGUGAAGGAGAAAGACCAGUUACAGAGUGGCCCGGAGGACAAAACUAGCCUUUGCUCCAGCUUGUCCCUGUCGCACCACGAAGAUGAGCAGAAGGAGUCGUUCUUGGAGAUCAGCGAGCCUUCCAUGUGUACAAUGUGUGAGCAGGCCGACUCCCUCCUCAAGACAAAGAAACAGUGUAAGAACUGCAGCGGCGUUUUCUGUGAGAGCUGCGUGUCCAAAGAGCUGCCUUUACCUUCCUCCAUUCUCCCAGAGACGGUCUGCACCGCCUGCUACUCGCUGUUACUCCAACAAUACUCUUCAUCACCAACAUGAACCCACAAUCAUCACACACAGCAGAGGCGCUCAAGUGUAAUACUGGCACCUAAAAACCAAAAAAUCCCAACUUCCUGAGACAUCCUAAGAAUCACAGGGUCUGUGAGAUAUUUAAAUCAGUCUAGUGUGUGUGUGUGUGUGUGUGCUCGCGCAGGGUUUCCUUAUAAUAAAAACAGCUGAAGCCAUUUAUCUUCCUUUUCUGGUUCGUGUUGGUGAUUUAGGCUUCUGUCGGCACUUUUAAGCUAAACUUGCACUCUCUCACAUGGCUGGAUUUAAACAAAUAAAUAAAAGAAUCAUCUCAUUUAUGGACACUAAGUGAUGAAAAGUUUAACUGACAUUUUCAUCCCCAGUGUCAAAAGAUAAAAAAGGAAAAACUGGAAUUCAAGGCUCGGUGUUUCGAUUCAGAGAUCAGGAUAUGGAGUUACUCGUACCUUUAUGCACUUUUGUGAUUAAACUGGCGUCACAUUCAGGGAAAAUCCUGACAAAAUCGGUCAACAAAAUGACCAAAUGCUGUCAUGUUAUGUGUCAUUACUUCCUUAAAGACUGUUUAAAAAAAGAAAAAAAAAGUUAAAGUGUUUAUUUCCAGAGUGGAGCGGAUUCUGGGAAUUAUAAAGUAAACUGGAAUGAUGAGUGGAAACCCAGAAAAAUCAGAUCACCAAAAAUCCACAACAACGAUGUUUCUAAGUGAGACUUAGAAACAGUUAUGAUUAUUCCCUGCUUUCAGAGAUAAAAGAUGAAAACGCUGAUAUCUAUUGUCUCUAUUUGCUUAAAUAUGACUGUUAGAGUAUUAGCAUAAAUAACCAAAUCCACCAUAAGAGGUCAACAUUUAACAUGCCAAUUUCAGUUUCCAGUGUUGUGUGCUGGAAACUUGGACAUUGAUUCAGAAGUCAUUCACAAUAAAAAUCAGUAUCACCAUAAAAUUCUUCAUCUUUGGACCUAUUUUAGAAGCUGAGUUUGUCUCUUGUCUUAAUAUUGGUAAAGCUUUAAAAAUGGAGACCAAUUUAAAGCUGUUCAUGCAGACUCAACAAGGAAGUCAGUGAAAACUGCAAGAUCAGAGUUUUGAUCGAAGGUUUGCACAUUUCAGACUCUGUCCCGGUGCUCUGUUCAGGAACAGCUGCUCCCGUCAGGACAGGGGAACUUUAGAUGCAGCGUUUCAUUUUUGCAACGUUGUGUUAGUCGGCACUUUUCCUGAGCUGUUUUGAUCUCGUUUCAUUUCUUUAUGCUAAGCUCAGCUAGUUUCAUGUAAUGAGAAAUAAUAAAUGUAUUUUGCAAAUGAUCACCUGAUUCUUUUAAGUUCACAAAGCUGCUUUUUCCUUCCUGCUGUUGUGUAUUAGAAGUGGCAUUAACAAAAAGGCUUAAAAUCAGUCAUUUAGCAUGAAGUCACAUCUGAGUCUGGUGUGUUUUAAACUGUAGCAGGUGAAUCAUACAUUUUUAGACUGAAGGCUUUUUGCUCUGGAUAAACUGAAUAUGUUUCAGCACUUUUGAUGCACGGCUCUCUGCCUGGCUGAGGUAAAGUGAAGACGUAUCAGUGCAGGUUUAUAACUUAUGUUCUGUUGAUUAAAAACAACUAAAUCUUUAUUUUUUUUGUGGCUGAUGAUGAUUAACAGGUGAAGUGGAACAGCUUCUUGGCUUACAAUAAACAUGAGCAUUUACAA